AUUUAUAAAGGACUCGGAGAGGAGCCGAAAAGUAUUCUAUUAUUUUCUAACUUCUGUUGUUUAGGAUUAUUUAUAUUCGGCUUUUCAUCUAAAGCGAUUGUAUGUGAUUUUUUUUUUAACCAGAAGAUGGUUAGAAAGUGCGCCGGUCAGCAGUGACAUGAAUGUUAUACACAGAUUGGAAAAACUUAUCUUGGAUUAUAAGUUACUCUCGGAACUCAAAAUCUUAUAAUCAGUUUCUUAGCAGAUCACAAUGGUAGUCCAGAGGACCUUCAUUUUCAUUUUACUCUUCGCUGCACAUGCUCACUGUCUCUCGCCCAGCAGAUCUAGCCAGAAAUCCGAGGCCACCCGAGCAAUGAAAGAUGCCAAAGCCCAUAUUUCCCGAAAGAGGUUAAUGGUUGUUCCGACACCAUUUUUACCGCCAACAAAGACUGUCUCCAUGAAAAAGAUUGGCGCUCGGUUGAAAAGCUCGAAACCUAAAACUUUCGCUUUUUCUAGAAACAGCUUCCGAUUCAACUCACCUUUAACUUCAAAGUCUAACUUCCAGGCCCAAACGAAACAGAGUCGAAAAACAAAUACCUCGAGGAAAGUUGUUUCUAACCUAAGCAUUAACCAAAACCAAUUUGUUAAAUCAAACACCAAGAAAAUAACACAAUCAUCAAAGGCAAAGACGAAAGCAACUGGAUUUAGUAAAACCAAGAACAUUAAAAAUGUUGUAACACCAAGUACACAAACUGCUAAUACGGAACCGGAAACAAUGAGUGGCGUGACACCGGAAGCUCUUCUCGUAGAACAGAGAAGGCGCAAGUCCAAAAUGGGGUUUUCACUACAAAGAGUGCAAAGUAAAUUGAAUGCAGAGGAGUCAAAAAUAGAAUUGAAAAGUCUGAAAGACAAGAUCAAAAGUUCCAAACCUUUAAACGGAAACAAAAAGGAACACGUCAAAACAAAAACAACUAAAAAUAGGAAAACAUGGGCGAAUGAUUUAACCAGAAGCGAUGCGGUGCAGACUCCUGUUCGAAAAGAACCAACCCCACGCAAAACUUUCAGUGCUAAGGCAUUUAAAAAACUUGUACAGCGACCAGUUGAUGUGUCAUCAUCGAGAGUCACAAUAAAGACAGACGGAAUUCCAGCACCAGUCCCCAAGAUCCAACACAUUCUCUCAUCUAGACAAAAAUCAACUGAAAACGUUGUGUCCAGCAAACAUACUGGCGGUAGUUUAUCUACUGAUAGGAAAUUAAACACAGAAAAGAAUACAAAAAUCGCAGGAAAAUCAGGUGUGCAAGCAGAUAUUACAAAGCUUCUUCCCAUGAAUAUUCCUCUUCCUCCAGAAAAUGCAGAUGUGCAAAUAGAUAUUACAAAGUUACAUUCUAUGAAUGUUCCUCUUCCUCCAGAAAAUGCAGGUGUGCAAAUAGAUAUUACAAAGUUACAUCCUAUGAAUAUCCCUCUUCCUCCAGAAAAUUCGGGCAUGCAAGCAGAUAUUACAAAGCUACAUACUAUGAAUUUUCCUCUCCCUCCAGAAAACUCGGGCGUGCAAACGGAUAUUACAAAGCUAAAUCCUAUGAAUAUUCCUCUACCUCCUGGUGAGAUGUUAGAUAAAGAUAUGUUCUUAAACAUGCAUAUGCAGCAAAUAAGCCUUCCGUUAGAUUCAGCAAUGAAACCAAAGACAGAGCGAAGCUUGAAAGUUGUAGAGCGACCGACGGCGCCAGCCCCGACACAGGACAACUUAAUCAACAGUAUUCAGAGUCUUGCAAAAAACCUGGAGACUGCUGCAGGCACCAAAACCAUUCCUCAUCCUGUACAAAAAGUAAAUACAAUCAUACGACCAAUGGUAAAAAGCAGGCCUGUUCAACCACCAGUUCGCAAUCAAAACGUUAUCUUGCCCAUACCAAUACAGAGGGCACAAAGCGAGUUACAGACAAACGGAAUUGAGAGCAGUGUUUCUGUAUCAGGUCUAAACAACCAACCGGUAUCUGCGGCGAGACCUUUCCGUCCUGGAUUUAUCCCUCCUCCUCCACCAGAUAGUGGAUUCGUUCCUGGACAAAUACGCACCGCACAAGGUGCAUGGAACAACAAUUUCCAACGCCUCCCACUUCGACCGGCACAACCAGCCAAGAGAAUUCUCCCGGCAACAAUACCAGUUAGACAUAACCAACAGGCAGUUCCUCAUCAUAAUUACAUACAGACGAAAGUCCCACUAAGUGGCGUGAUUCCACAACCGCCAGGUAUGAUUCUAAGAGAAAGCGGCAGACUCUCACAUCCUCAAAACAUUAGACCGUUUCAACAACAGCAUAAUGUAAACACGGCGUAUUUGACAAAGGCCCCAAACAAGCAACACGUGCAAAGUCCUCAAAACCAUUUUGUUUCUGGGCCUAUUCGCCGACCUAAUAAUCACCACGCGGCGGCUCAUCACUUUGAAAGAAAUAAUCUGAGCCACCAUCCGCCGCAGCCAACCCAGCAAAAUUUCUAUGACGUCACACCACCGAUGUAUGACGCCACGACUACAGUAACAUCGACAACACAGAGACCAACGCCAGGCCCAAGAAGACGGCCUCCAAAACCUAGAAAUUUCGAUCCUUUAAAACACAUAAUGAAAGGACAGCAAACAAGGACGAAAAAGACGAAAAAAGCAAAAACAACGGCUAAAGCCAGACAACCACCAGAACCCCCAGAAAGAACAACUAAUGCGGACCCCGACAGGAAGAACUUCAAUCAAAAAAUCUUUAAGAAUUCUUUUCAAAAAGACUAUAUAAACGAACAACGAGGCAGGCAUCCUUUGAAAAAUUUUAUGCUAGAAUUCGAAAGGUUUAUGAAAAAUAUGGAUAACUAUUUUGAUUUGUCAGGAAUGAUUGAGUUCAAAAAAUAAAACUUAUGGGGAUUUUCUUAUAAA